AUGGCAGAACUGAAUUACACCGAGAAUGACCUGAAGGACAUGCUGGAUCAGACAAUGAAGUGCAAGGAAGCACCAAUAGUGUUCGUAUUUGAGCCAAAUGGUGCGUGUGUGAGCAACUACAAGGAUAUGUCACUAUUUGAUGGCUCUAUCUUUACCAAAUACAUCAACAAUGCAGCAGGUUGUGAGCCAAUGAACUUCCUGGGGAACUCGUUCGUGUUCGUACAGGAGCACGAGGAGGAGAAAGGUGCAGUUGAGAACAAAAUGUGGCUAUUCGUUUCAAGAGAGAAGCUCGACUUCAAGGAAUUUCAGGAUGCCAAGGUUGGACUGUGCUUGAUGUAUCACGAGGCAGGCGUCUUUAUUGCAGCACUUUGUUCUGAAAUGCAUCUUCGUCUCAUUGUUCCAAAUCUCUACAAUCAUUGCGUGGCUAACUUAGACAAGGAAGAAGUAGAAGCCCAGUAA